UUAUGCGGAGGAAUGUGUAGAUUCCAACAGACACGUGGCUGAGAGUGGUCAUCAUUUCCUGGUUGCUAUCGAGAACGGAUUUGAUAGCACCGGCCCUAGUUAUAUCGCUGCGGUUCGUCUGUUGCCGGUACCGAAACGGUGAAUUUCUGCUUCGUAUGACAAGAAACAUGGCAAAGCGGCAGGCGACCAAAGAACUCAACGCCGAUAACUGGGAAGAAGACGAUGAACCCGAAGAUCAAGGCCAGUUUAAGAAAGCUGACGAGAAGGAAAUCGAGCGCCGCGUGAUCAGGACUGCCAAGCGUAGCCUCACCAACACGGCAGCCCCAGCUAGCCCCUUCGGCAGCUUCAGUGGUUUCAGUACUACUAAUGCCGCAAAGCUACCAGAUGCCUCGCUGCCCAAUGGCUCUGCGCCAUCAGCAGCACCUGACAAGGAGAAACAAAAUGCAGAUCCAGUUUUUCUAGGCAAGCUAAAGCGCUUAAACGAGUGCCUGCUGAAAUGGGUAAAGAAGCAUGUGGAGUCCAAUCCGUUCUCGGAUUUCAGUCCAGUCUUCCGGGAUUACGAACGUCAUCUAGCCGAAAUCCGAAAGUCAUGCUCGUCUGGGCCUGAGUCAACCAAAAGUAGUGCAACCACACUUCCCACAUUCAAGUUUACACCAUCAGACUCCAGCAGUACUUCUUUCAGCUUUGGCCAACCACCUAAAGAUGAUGCAAAGUCAGAUGCUCCUGCCUCAGAGCCAUGCAAGACAUUUGUAUUUGGGAAUCAGGCUGCACCUACAUCUUCAUCUCUCCCGAAGCCAACCUUCACGUUCGGACUAUCAGCGGUUGCUCCAGCGACUACAGCUGCGAAGAACGGUUCCGAUGAUGAAGAGUAUGUACCUCCAAAGGAGGAGUUUGCACCAGUUGAAGAGAAGGAUGCUGUGUACACGAAACGGUGCAAGCUGUUCCAGAAGAAAGACAAUAGCUACACAGAGAGGGGAGUGGGCAUCCUCUACAUCAAGCCUCAAAAGGAUAAAUACCAGUUGCUUAUCAGGGCUGACACCAGGCUGGGUAAUAUAUUGCUAAACAUCAUGCUGGCCCCGUCAUUACCGGUGUCUCGUUUGGGCAAGAACAAUGUGGGACUGGUGUGCAUUCCAAACCCACCAGUGAAUGGCAAGGAUGAUUCAGCAAGCCCGACAACCAUGCUGCUUCGUGUGCGAACCUCAGAAGAUGCCGACGAACUGAAAAACGCUUUGGAGCGCUACAAAAGCGAGAAGAAGGACAGCUGAGUUUGGGUGGUCACAGCCUGCAAGUGGAACAGAAAAUUGAUCCCAGGUUGCUAGCCUGGUUUGUUACUUGAGGACGAUGCCAAGUGGAAGCAUCCACUUUGUUGGCUAUUAAAA